AACCAAAAAAUAAUAAUAAUAAAAAAAACAUAACAGGCAGCAUAAUGAAAGCGGUAGUAUUUCUAUAUAUUCUGUUUUACAUUCUGCCAAACAUUUUAGAGUAACUAGAAAGACAGAACAGAGACAAAAGUUUUGUCUGAGAUUUUGGGAAAUUGGUGGUCUUGGACAAGAGGUAUUGGACAAGAUCUCCUCUUUUAGCAUGAUGGAAAAAUUGUAUUCCAGCAUAUCUGGAGGAGGUCAGAAUGGGGAAGGCUGGAAUACUUGCACAUUCUGAAUUGAAGGGAUCAAGAUCCUUCCAGCACUGACCACCUGCUUGUAGUCAUAUAUACAAGAGAGUAGGUCAAGCUCUUCUCUUUGGCACACCUGCCAGCUUUCCUUUCUAUCUGAUCUGCGGGUGUGUGUGUGUGUGUGUGUGUGUGUGUGUAGGUGGGUUCCCCUCAUGCUCCCUUCAAACGCUUGGAACUACAACUCCCAUUAUGUUAGCUGGAAGUCUGCCAGGCCCCAGGAGCCUUUAAACGUCUCCACCUGCUGCACCUUCCGGGAGCGCAGCCCAGGGUGGAGAAGGUGGGAGGGUCGCUUUGCAAAAGAUUGCCCAGUUCCUCGGCCGGCUCCGCCCCCGAAAUGGUUAAACGCGACUCUCUUCUUCAGCCUCCGCGAACGGCCCAUUGAGUCGGGAGUGCCCAAACUGCGAAGCGCUGGCAGCCGCGGCGAAAAGGGGAGACGACUUCCUCGUCACGCUGCCCCCCCCCCCUGAGCGCCUUUCAAAGAGCACGGCGGGAGCAGGAGCAAGGCGGCGGCGCGCGUCAAAAAGCCCGGCUAUGCGAGGCCAGGAAAAACCCUACGUUUCCAAAGACGGCCAAAGAUGAUGAUGAGGAGGAGGAGGAGGUCGAUCUGCGCUCAAGAGGCAGAGAUGCUCUCCGCAGCCGCUGGAUUAGGAAGCGUCCGGUUGGCAACGCAGGGCUGGAGCUAAUGGGCUUGUAGCCUAGCUGGCCCUCGGCAGAUGUUGGCGGAGGAAGAUGAGUGUGAUGCUGUGGCGCUGGGAGCAGAACAACCUGACCAUGAAAUUGAUUUACACAGAUUGGGCCAAUCAUUACCUAGCAAAAUCUGGCCAUAAACGCUUGAUAAAAGAUCUGCAGCAAGAUGUGACCGAUGGAGUUUUACUGGCUGAAAUCAUCCAGGUUGUAGCAAAUGAGAAGAUUGAAGAUAUCAAUGGCUGUCCAAAGAACAGAUCUCAAAUGAUUGAAAACAUAGACGUGUGCCUGAGUUUUCUGGCUGCCAAAGGAAUAAAUAUACAGGGACUAUCUGCAGAAGAGAUCAGGAAUGGGAAUUUAAAGGCCAUCUUGGGCCUUUUCUUUAGCCUAUCGCGUUAUAAGCAGCAGCAACAGCAGUCCCCAAAGCAACAUUCAGAGCACUCUCCAUCUCAGCAACCACCCACCUCAUCCCAGCAAGCAAGCUCUCCAUCCCCCAGCCAGGUGGGACUACCUGACCAGCAGAUACAACCACAACCCCUGGUGCCAGCUUCACCUCAGACUCAGUGCCAACACUUCCAGCAAGCAGCACAGCUUCAGUUAAAAGCACAACCAGAAAUGCAGUCCAGUGCAUCACCCAGGGACUCAUCUCAAAGCAAAACCAUCCGAUUCACUCUCGGUCAGAAAAAGAAUUCUAGGCUUCCAGGUCCUACCACAAGGGUUUCAGCUGCAGGCAGCGAAAUAAAAACCCGUGGUCCAGCAAAUGCUAACAAUAGGCGCAGCCAGAGCUUUAACAACUAUGACAAAUCCAAGCCCACAAGCCCACCCUCCCUUCUAGCAAGUAGCAGUGAGAAAGAACCAGCAGACAGUUUAGACCCCCAACCCACAGGAAUGAAUGAAAAUGCAACUUCUUUGGUUCAAAGCAGCAGUAGCAACAAUGCUGCCAGUUGCAAUAACUCUUCAGCCAUCCCCCAGCCCAAUUCUGCAGUCAAACCUUGGCGCAGCAAAUCAUUAAGUGCUAAGCACACAACCACAACAUCCACAUUAACUGUAAAACAGCAGGUUCAGGAAUCUUCCAAACCUCUCCCAGAGAUGGUUAAAACUACUCCCAAUGGUCAGAAAUCAAUGCUGGAGAAGUUGAAACUCUUCAAUACAAAAGGGGGUUCCAAAGCAGUAGGGUCAUCUCUUGAAUGUCCGGGGUCGCGGGACACUAGCUGUGAAAGAUUAGAGGGCCUCUCAAACUUUGAAGAAAGUGAGGAGAUGGAGGCUGCAAACCGGAACUUAAACACCCCAGGACCCACAUCAAAUAGUCCCAAAAUUGCACUUAAGGGAAUUGCACAACGGACAUUUAGUCGGGCUCUGACCAAUAAAAAGAGUUCCCCAAAGGGCAAUGAAAAAGAAAAAGAGAAACAGAAAGAAAAGGAGAAGGAAAAGGAAAAGGAGAAAGAAAAGGAAAAAAACAAAGAUGUGGCCCAGAGAACUUCCGUGAUAGAAAAAGCUGACAUGAAAGAAGAGCUGAAGGAAGAACAGGUCCCUCCUGCUGUAAACGAAAUGCCAAAAAAAUCCUCCAAGAUUGCAAGCUUUAUUCCCAAAGGAGGAAAGCUCAACAGUGCCAAGAAAGAAGCAGCUGCCCCUUCACAUAGUGGAAUACCAAAACCAGGGAUGAAAAACACCACAGGGAAAUCCUCAAGUGCCCCAAGUUGCUCUGCAAAAGAAGGUGAAAGAAGCCGAAGUGCAAAGCCAGCCACCAGCCUCUCUCAUCCAAAAGCACAGCUAGAUUGCAAGAAUUCAAGUUCCACGUCAAGUUUAGCAUCCACUGACGGGAGAGGAAUGGGAGGGUGGUCAGCUUUAAGUUCCAGCAGCAGCAGCCAUGCUGUCAAUGGGCCAACUAACAGUACCACCCAGACAACAGGAAGCAAUACUGUGAGUGUUCAGCUACCUCAUCCGCAACAGCAAUAUAGCCAUCCAAAUACUGCCACAGUAGCUCCGUUCAUGUACAGAUCCCAGACAGACAAUGAGGGAAACAUAACAGCAGAGUCCGGUACUGGAGGAGGAAGCACAAGCAUGGAAUCUGCUCCCUGCACAAAAACUGGACAACCUAUUUUAGAAGAUCUUUCUGGGGAAGAUCCAGAAACGCGCAGAUUACGAACUGUCAAGAAUAUAGCUGAUCUUCGGCAAAACUUAGAAGAGACCAUGUCUAGUUUACGUGGAACCCAGGUGUCCCAUAGCACUUUGGAGACCACCUUUGAUACUAAUGUCACCACUGAAAUAAGCGGACGCAGCAUCCUCAGUUUGACUGGUAGGCCAACACCUUUAUCUUGGAGACUUGGACAGUCCAGCCCCCGCCUCCAGGCAGGUGAUGCUCCAUCAGUGGGUAAUGGAUAUCCUCCAAGAGCCAAUGCCAGCCGAUUCAUCAAUGCAGAACCAGGACGUUACAUGUAUUCAGCACCAUUGAGAAGACACCCAACAUCUCGGGACAAUAAUGUUUGCCACAUGGAUAUCACAGACAAAGGAGGUGAUGAAGUAGAUCUUGAAGGAAUCAACAUGGAUGCAACAGGUUAUAUGAGUGACGGAGAUGUCCUUGGGAAAAAUAUAAGAACUGAUGAUAUUACAAGUGGGUACAUGACUGAUGGUGGAUUGGGCCUUUAUACUCGAAGAUUAAACAGACUUCCUGAUGGGAUGGCUGCUGUAAGGGAAACUUUACAACGCAACACCUCACUGGGUCUUGGUGAUGCAGACAGCUGGGACGACAGCAGUUCCGUCAGCAGUGGUAUCAGUGAUACCAUAGAUAACCUCAGCACUGAUGACAUUAAUACAAGCUCCUCCAUCAGCUCUUACGCCAACACCCCUGCAUCCUCACGGAAGAAUCUAGAAUCCCAGACUGACGCUGAAAAGCAUUCCCAAGUGGAGCGGAAUUCUUUGUGGUCUGGUGAUGAAAUAAAAAAAUCAGAUGGAGGCUCAGACAGUGGUGUAAAAAUGGAGUCUGGAUCUAAAUGGAGAAGGAAUCCCUCUGAUGUGUCUGAUGAAUCUGAUAAAAGCACUUCUGGAAGGAAGAACAUCGUCAUUUCACAGACGGGAUCCUGGAGACGGGGCAUGUCGGCUCAAGUUGGUAUUACCACACCGAGGAUGAAAACGGCAGCUACCUCAGGAACUUUGAAGACACCUGGAACAGGGAAAACUGAUGAUGCCAAGGUUUCAGAAAAGGGCAGAAUUUCUCCCAAAUCUGGAAACAUUAAACGUUCCCCUUCAGAUGCUGGGCGAAGCAGUGGGGAUGAAUCAAAAAAGCCUUCCGCAAAUAACUGUAGAACGGCUAGUACUAAUACAAACAUGUUUGGAUUUAAAAAGCAGAGUGGGUCAGCUGUAGGUGUGACCAUGAUUACAGCUAGUGGAGCAACUAUUACUAGUAGAGCUGCUACUCUGGGUAAAAUCCCCAAGUCAUCUGGACUCAUAGGUAGGUCCACUGGCCGAAAGACUAGUGUUGAUGGCUCACAAAAUCAGGAUGAUGGCUAUUUAGCCAUUUCUACCCGAACCAAUCUUCAGUAUCGGAGUCUACCCCGCCCCAGCAAAUCCAGCAGCAGAAGUGGAGCUGGCAAUAGAUCUAGCACUAGCAGCAUAGACUCCAACAUAAGCAGCAAGUCUGCAGGCUUGCCUGUUCCUAAAAUAAGAGAACCAACAAAAGUUGCCCUUGGGAGCUCUCUGCCAGGCUUUAUAAACCAGACUGAUAAAGAGAAAGGGAUCUCCUCAGAUAAUGAAAGUGUGGUCUCUUGUAACUCUGUUAAAGCAAACCCAUCACCUCAGACAACGUCCAGUGCAUCCCAGAACACUCACCAGCAAGGAGUAAAGUACCCAGAUGUGGCCUCUCCUACACUGCGCAGACUUUUUGGUGGAAAGCCAAAUAAACAACCUCCCAUAACAACAGCAGAAAGCAUGAAAAAUUCAGUAGUCAUCUCCAACCCACAUGCAACCAUGAACCAACAAGGAAAUCCAGAAUCUCCUUCUGGCAGUGGCAUAUUGAGCAGUGGUGGUAGUAGCCCUCUUUAUUGUAAAAAUGCAGACACAAAUCAGUCUCCAUUAGCAUCUAGUCCCAGUUCAGCUCACUCGGCUCCUUCCAACAGCUUGACCUGGGGUACCAACCCCAGUAGUUCAUCUGCUGUAAGCAAGGAUGGGAUUGGAUACCAGUCUGUCAGCAGCCUGCACACCAGUUGUGAAUCCAUUGAUAUUUCUCUCAGCAGUGGAAGUGGGCUGAACCACAAUUCUUCCAGUGGCUUGAUUGCGGCUUCUAAAGAUGACUCAGUGCCUCCCUUUAUUAGAACCAACAGCAUUAAAACAAACUUGUCAGAAAGCCCUCUCUCUUCCCCUGCUGCUAGUCCCAAAUUCUGCAGAAAUACUUUACCCAGGAGGCAGGACAGCGACCCACAUCUUGAUAGGAACACUUUGCCUAAGAAAGGAUUCAGGUAUACACCAUCAUCACAACUUCGCAAUCAAGAGGAAGCAAAAGAAUGGCUGCGUUCGCAUUCUGCAGGAGGUCUUCAGGACAAUGUUGUCAAUUCUCCAUUUUCUUCUGGUUCCAGCAUCACAUCACCAUCUGGGACUAGAUUUAACUUCUCUCAGCUUGCGAGCCCCACCACAGCUGCCCAAAUGAGCUUAUCCAACCCAACCAUGCUCCGGACACACAGUCUUUCUAACGCAGAUGGCCCUUAUGAUCCUUACAAUGACACCCGGUUCCGGAACAGCUCAAUGUCACUGGAUGAAAAGAGCAGGACAAUGAGCCGUUCUGGAUCAUUCCGGGAUGGCUUUGAAGAGGUGCAUGGUUCAUCUCUAUCUUUGGUGUCAAGCACAUCAUCUAUUUACUCAACGCCUGAAGAAAAAUGUCAGUCAGAGAUUCGCAAGCUAAGGAGGGAAUUGGAUGCAUCCCAGGAGAAAGUUUCAGCUCUGACAACCCAGUUGACUGCCAAUGCUCACCUUGUGGCAGCAUUUGAGCAGAGCCUAGGAAACAUGACCAUUAGACUGCAAAGUCUCACCAUGACUGCAGAACAGAAGGAUUCUGAAUUGAAUGAGUUAAGGAAAACAAUUGAAUUACUGAAAAAACAAAAUGCUGCUGCUCAGGCUGCCAUUAAUGGAGUAAUUAACACACCUGAGCUCACCUGCAAAGGAAGUGGUGGAAGUACCCAGACCACUGACUUGCGGAUCAGAAGACAACAUUCUUCAGACAGCGUCUCUAGCAUUAACAGUGCUACUAGUCAUUCCAGUGUGGGAAGCAAUAUAGAAUGUGAUUCUAAGAAAAAGAAGAGAAAAAAUUGGGUCAAUGAGCUACGCAGUUCUUUCAAGCAAGCUUUUGGAAAAAAGAAGUCCCCCAAAUCAGCAUCUUCUCACUCCGACAUUGAGGAGAUGACAGAUUGCUCAUUGCCUUCUUCACCGAAAUUGCCACACAAUGGUACAGUGGUAUCUACGCCAUUACUCAGAACUUCACAUUCCAAUUCCCUAAUUUCAGAAUGCAUUGACAGUGAAGCUGAAACAGUUAUGCAGCUGCGAAAUGAGCUGAGAGACAAAGAGAUGAAGUUGACUGACAUCCGAUUAGAGGCCCUCAGUUCUGCUCAUCAACUGGAUCAGCUCCGGGAAGCUAUGAACAGGAUGCAGAGUGAGAUUGAGAAAUUGAAAGCCGAAAAUGACCGCUUGAAAUCUGAAAAUCAAGGCACCUGUAGUAGAGCCCAAUCUCAAGUUUUCAUUUCAUCGUCUCCAAGGCAAUCUAUGGGUCUGUCACAGCACAGUCUGAACCUCACAGAGUCAGCUAGUCUUGAUAUGUUGCUGGAUGACUCCAGUGAUGGUUCUUCUCGGAAAGAAGGUGGCAGGCAUGUUAAAAUAGUUGUCAGCUUUCGGGAGGAAGAGAAAUGGAAAGAAGAUUCUAGGCCUCGCUUAUUCCUAAUUGGCUGCAUAGGAGUCAGUGGAAAAACCAAAUGGGAUGUUCUUGAUGGCGUUGUUAGAAGACUAUUUAAGGAAUACAUCAUUCAUGUUGAUCCUGUGAGUCAACUUGGGUUGAAUUCGGACAGUGUCCUGGGAUACAGCAUUGGCGAAAUUGUUCGCACAAAUAGCACAGAAACACCUGAGCUGCUACCAUGUGGCUAUCUGGUUGGUGAAAACAACACCAUCUCUGUGAAAAUCAAAGGUCUUGUAGAGAAUAGUUUGGAUGGUCUGGUAUUUGAGUCUCUAAUCCCAAAGCCAAUUCUACAGCGUUACGUGUCACUCUUGAUAGAGCAUCGGAGAAUCAUUUUGUCUGGUCCGAGCGGCACUGGAAAGACCUACUUAGCCAAUCGCCUAUCUGAGUAUAUGGUGCUUAGAGAGGGCAGGGAGCUGGCUGAUGGUGCUAUUGCAACCUUUAAUGUGGAUCACAAGUCCAGUAAGGAACUCCGACAAUACCUCUCCAACCUUGCAGACCAAUGUAGCAGUGAAAAUAAUGCAGUGGAGAUGCCACUUGUAAUCAUCCUGGACAAUUUACAUCAUGUCAGCUCUCUAGGAGAGAUCUUCAAUGGGCUUUUGAACUGCAAGUACCACAAAUGCCCUUACAUCAUUGGAACAAUGAACCAAGCCACUUCCUCCACUCCUAACCUUCAGCUGCACCACAACUUUAGAUGGGUACUAUGUGCCAAUCAUACUGAGCCAGUCAAGGGCUUUCUUGCCCGAUUCUUGAGAAGAAAACUCAUUGAAACAGAAAUUGGGGGCCGGGUGAGAAAUGCAGAAUUAAUUAAGAUUGUAGACUGGAUUCCCAAGGUUUGGCAACAUCUCAACAAGUUCUUGGAAGCUCACAGUUCUUCAGAUGUUACUAUCGGUCCACGCCUGUUUCUCUCUUGCCCUCUCGAUGUGGAUGGGUCAAGGGUUUGGUUUACUGACUUAUGGAACUAUUCCAUUGUUCCCUAUCUUCUUGAGGCUGUCAGAGAAGGGUUACAGUUGUAUGGUAGAAGAGCACCAUGGGAGGACCCUGCCAAGUGGGUGAUGGACACUUAUCCAUGGGCAGCUACCCCGCAACACCACGAGUGGCCUCCUUUGUUGCAAUUGCGUCCAGAAGAUGUUGGCUUUGAUGGUUAUUCUAUGCCACGAGAAGGUUCAACCAGCAAACAGGUUCCACCUAGUGAUGCUGAAGGAGAUCCUCUGAUGAACAUGCUGAUGAGGUUGCAGGAGGCAGCUAAUUAUUCAAGUCCACAGAGUUACGACAGUGACUCCAACAGCAAUAGCCAUCACGAUGAUAUCCUUGACUCAUCCCUGGAGUCAACGUUAUGAAUAGAACUUAGAAAUGGUUGUUUCCAGUGGUCCAUCCUUUGCCUCCCUUAGAAAAAUGAAUCACCAAGCCAUGGAGAGAAUUGACCUUGGUUCAGAAGGACAUCUCAGUAUUAGAGCUGCGAGAACAAUACAAUCUCUUCCACCCUCUCUGCCUCCCCCAUUCAGUGUCAAAGAUGGGUGCAGGCAACCCAGCUGAAGUUUUAUAUCUUGCGUUUCAUUUUCCUUAAUAAGAACUGCACUAUUUUUGUUUUUCUUUUGUUUUGUAGUUUACAUUGCUGUGAGUUCACAUGCCUACGACACUGAACACAUUAUUUUCAUAAAAACAACGGUGCUUAUCUAGUUGUGUCUGUCCAUUGACCAAACAACUUCUGCUUGUGAAGUGGAUUACCAUUAUCUCUGAUUCCCUAAACCUGCUCCAAUAUUUAAAGGGACAUCUGGAGUAAAUUUCAUUACAAGGGUGCAGGAGAGGCGAGUAGAGGAAAAACUGAAGUGCAAGGGAAUUGUGUUUAAUUGACAUAAGGUGUACUCCAUUAAUCAUAACAAUCUCUGGGGAGAGUGAGAUGGAGGCAAUAAAUGAAAAAAAAAACAUUUACCAUCAAAGUUAUGAACCUAGGAAGCAUUGUGCCACAUCAGAUCCAAAAAGAGAGAGGAUCUCAGCUAUGCUGCUUCUGUACAAACUCAUUUAAUGGCUGAUUUUUUCCAAGUCAUAUUUUUUCAGCCUAACCUCAAUAAUUCUGGUGCUGUAAUAAUUGCUCGCCUUGGUAAUAACAUUCCAUAAAAGGCAAAGAGAUUAGAAAUAGGGAAGUUUAAAAUAUUCACAUAUAUAUAUAAUGUAAAACCUAGAUCUUCUGCAACUUGAGACCAUGAUCCCUUGUUUUGGUUAUUUCAUUUGUUUUUAUAGUUCCAAGCACAAUAGCUGUAUAUCUUUCUAAAACCAUCUCUAAAGCUGCCAGCGUUAAUUAAAGCAACAAUCGUGGAGUGUUUGAGCCAUGAUCCAAAGUCCGGGAAAAACACAUAUAAGAAAAAACAAAAACAAGUUACUAGAAUUUCUUUUCAUAUUUGCUUCAGAGUUCUCACUGUUGAAGUGACCUGGAUAACAACAUUUCUCUGCAAGUAGAAGAAGUGCUUUGUAAAAAGUGAAAACAAAGGUCCAGUCUCUUUGUCUUUGGAUUCACAACAAUUCAGUGGAUACACAACAAUUCAGUGGAUACCAGCCUCAAAUACCUAACAUAGGGGUGUCAUUUCCUCAAAUCAUUCAUUCAGGUUUUGGAAUCAUUUCAUAACUAUACCAAAUGUUCAACAAAGCUCAGAAAAGACAGUUGUCUGGAUUGAAAAAAAAAAGAUAAUUCCAUUUUUCCACUGUAUUGUACAGUUUCUUACUUUUUUGUCCCAAUGGCCUCAUAUCCCAUAUCAAUCUAUUCCUGAAGUUCCAUUCCUCUAAAUCAGUGCCCCCCCCCAACCUUUUGGGCACCAGGGACCAGUUCCGUGGAGAGAGGUUUUUCCAUGGACCAGAGGGGGCGUGGUUUCACAUGCUGGCUGCAUCCCGUGGAUGGGGCUUCGCUUGUUUGCGCAGCACAGUUUCUGGCAUGUCACGGCUUGGUACCGGUCCAUGGACCAGGGGUUGGAGACCCCUGCUCUAAAUGGCUUGUUGUGAGACAUGGGGAAGCUUUUAUUGAAUAGUGUAAAGUCUCUUGAGAUUAAUGGUAUUCAGCUGUUCUAAUGAUAGGAAAUGGUAUCUGUUUUUACUUGUCCUAUAUAGACCUCCUUUCUGCACAAAGAAUACAUGAGGACCACACCUAAUGGCUACCCACCUAACAUGCUUAGCCCUCCUUGAUCUCCCUCCCUAAUGUUUUUAUAUUCAAAGGGCAGUCAGAAAUUAUCUCUGGAGGUUCUUUGUCAGAGACAGCACUGAGUGCACAGGCGUUAGCAUGGAACCAGGGAGAAGCGAUAACUUGAAGAAAGCAGCUAGGAAGCAUGUCCUGCAAAUACAGUAAAGAGACUACUGGAAUGGAAAGUGUGGUGGCUAUUUGGUAUUAUACUUUUCUAAGCAUACAACAUGACUUUUUUCUAAGUGGUCACCCAAGACCAAGGCAGUCUUUGGUUUUCUCCCUUCUGAAAAAGAGAACAUCAAAUUUCAUUGCCCCACAACUUCUCUAAGAUCUGUGUAGGAAUCCAUUAUUAGAAAGAAGAGCCUGCACGCUGUUGGAGAUAGAGCAGGGUAACAUACCAAAAGGGGCUGCAGAUCCAUUGUAUCCAAAGCCCUCCAAGUUCCCAGUCCCCCCCCCCAAGUUACCAACAACAAAUUGGCUGACAAUUUCCUGUAGUUCAGGAACUAGCAUAGGAUUUAUUUCCUUGUUUUGUUUUCAGUCAAACAGCUUUUAUAAAAUUUGGGGAGGGGGGAGGUGUGCCAGUAGGGGAGAAAGUGUAGGAAAAUGGCUCCUCUAAUUUGAGCACUCAGCAAGGCUGAAAAUGGUGCCUUAGGUUCAAAUUUCAAAGCUCUCUGAAAAGGCAGGACUGCUUUGCCAAUCCCUUAGGGCCAGGCAUUAGUAUUUCUUCAGAAUCGAUUUGUAUGAAGAUAUGGAUAAGUAUCUUCUUGUCAGGGUCGUCACAUAUGAAUUUAUGGAUAAAUAAUUAACUUCAACCAUCUGUUAACAAAACUUGGGACUGAACAUUGGUGAAUCUCUCACAAUAAUAAAGAGCCUCUUUUUAUAAAAAGAAAGAAAGAAAGAAAGGAAAGAAAGAAAGAAAGAAAGAAACAAAGAAAGAAAGAAAGAAACAAAGAAAGAAAAAUACUCCAUUUUACUUAACCAAGUCUUAAGUAAAGGAAAGUUAUUUCCAUAAAGCUUUUGGGGUUUUGGUUUUAAACCAAGAGCCAAGUAGAGAACAUAACUCUGAGCCCUCUUUCUUUUCUUCAUUUCAGAAGAAAACGGAGGAGAAAGGUUAAAAAAAAACUGUUUGGUGCUUAUGCUAAACGGCGAGAAGAUUCACAAAAAUUUGGACACCAACUGGUGUCAUUUAAAACAACAAAACAAAAAACCCAAUAGCUGAUAUUAUCAGCUGUCUCAGGUUAUACCUCAAACUAGAACGGAGGUUCUCAACAACACACACGCACACACAAAACACAAACACAUGCAAGCCUUUUCAGCUAUCUUUGGGUGCUGAUUUUUUAAAAGUGAUGCCUUACUGAGUUUCUACAGUUGUAUUUUAAUUCCAUUAGUGUUGUAGUUUGUGAUUUUUAAAGAACUAGACAAAACAGGGCUAUAGAAGUCAUCUUUUGGAAUACAGUGAUGUGAGUUGCUGUGGGUUUUGUUUGAAAUGAGAUAUUUGAUUCCCCUAGGCUUUAAAUGUAACAAAAAUCAAGGAAGAACAUAUAAAAAGAGGGGAACAGCUUUUUAAGAUCUCUACAUCAACUUUUUAGCAACAUUUUAUUGGAUGUUGUUUAUUCAAUCCAGGCAAAGGCAAAUCUUUUUUGUGGCACUGAGUGGCAUCACAACUAAAAGAAAAUUAUUUUUUUUGCUUUGUUUUAAAAUAUGCAGGUAGAAUAUUUACUACAGUUUAUAGGCUUUAUAGAAUUAAUAUGAUGCAACAAACACACAGUUUUGCUACCAUGACAAAUUUACCGAGUGGGUAGCUUUUCCUAUACCUCAUGAUUUCUGCUUUUAGUGAACUCAACCCAUUGUCCUUUGAGUUUAUUGUGAUCUUGCUAGCAUUAUAUAAUUUUUUUUUUCUUGGCAAAAUAACAGUGGGCAUUAACUGUUGAAUCAAGGGCGAAUUCUUGAGUGUUUUUUUUUCUUUACAAAAUAGAAAAAAAAGAAUAAUGCAAAUUCUAAUCUGAUUCCUGAAAAUGGACUAGAGUAAAUUAUAAUCCUAAAGUGAUCCGAAUACUGUAUUAGGUCCAUCUAGCUCUUCAGCACCCUCCUUCCCUUCUGUUUUUUUAGCAAGAACUAUGAGAUGCAAACUUCCAAAUGCUUGAUUAAAUAUUCCAGGAUUGCAGGGAAAAGAUUUCUGUUCACAUGGAGAGCAUUCUCUUCUUAGCCUCUCUCCAUCUGUAGGAUUUGAUUAGUCCAAAAUGAGCAUUCAAGCAUAUGUAUUUUAAAAUGGCAUAUAAUCUGAGCUUUUUUUUUCCUUCACUGCCCAUUAGAAAAGAAAUUGCCAUCUAUGGAAAUGAUUGAUUCCACUGAAGGAAGAUGACCUGUUGUAAAUUGCCUAAGGCAGGACUCUCCAACUUUGGCAACUUUUAAGACUUGUGGAUUUUGACUCACAGAGUUCCCUAGCCAGCAAUUCUGGGAGUCGAAAUCCACACAGUCUUAAUGUUGCCAAAAGGUUGGAGACCCCUGCCCUAAGGGAUAGUAAGGCAUUUCCUCAUCUGUUUUGGCAAGGGGCAUACCAAGAUCAAUGUGGCCAUCAGCUUUCCAGCUGCAAUGCUUUCUGUAAGCAGCUAUCACUCAUUGCAUGUGUGUUCUGUGGUGCAUCUCUGCAGGAACUCAAUUUCCUGCUAGGAAAAGGGAUUGUAUCUAUUUAUUCCAGACAAAUCUGGGGUUGUUAAUAUAAUAGGUUCUUCGUAUCUACAUCUAAAGUUAAGUGAAGCCUCUCGGGUGUGUUCAAUUACAAGUCAAUGAGAGCCUGCCUGUAUGUCCCAAUUAUCACAACAUGGGAGCUAUGAUGCACCUGGAGAGCACCAAUAUGCCCAUUUGGCAACUUUGUAUAUAGAAACACUCAGGAAGUCCAAUAAUUCUGAUCCAGAAUGGCAACGAGCCUGUGGAAUAAGCAAACAAUCUAGCUACAUCAUUUGUAUGAUUGCCAGGAGAGUGAAGUAUAUCAUAAUCUAUGAAAACAGAUAUUUAGAAUUUGUUCUUAUGUAUUCUUUCCUAGUUCCUACUGCAAGCAAUUUCCAUAGAGAUGCAAUGUGUGGAUACUUAUUCGUUGACAACAUGACUCCCUAUAAAUGUAUUUAACGUAUGCAAAAUGUCUUUUAUAAGAAAUGGUUCCAUAUUAAUCGUGAUCCAGCCAGCUCUGCUGCAUAUCCUGGGGGCAAGAGUUCAGCUGAAUAUUUCAAAGGAAAGGAAGCUCUUUUCUUAAAAAAGAAAGAAAGAUGGGGAUGAAAUGAUUGGAGAAAUGGUUUUGAGUUGAAGAUUUGCCUAUAUAUGGCUACCUCAGGUGGCACAAGAAAUGUUUGCUGGAAUUGUAAGGUUGACAGAAACGACAUCUAAGUUAUGACCCAGGUUGGCAGCUAAGUUGACUCCCCCUCGGAGCCUUGUUUAUUGACAGCUUUAAUUGAGCCAUUCUGAAGUGCUGCCAGCUGUUCUGUUGCCAUAAAUAAAGAAGAAUUUGAACUUUUCUCGCUCUCUAAUAAGAAUUACUGAGAAAUGAUUCACAUGGAAUAUUGCUUUUUUCUUUUUAAAAGUUAUCACAAACUGUAACUUCUAAAACUUCGGAAAACAGGGUUGCCUGUUACGCACAUUUUUUAAACUAGUUCAGUUGAGGUGAAUGUCUACCUUUUCCUUUUAAAAUGACAACAUAUGUCAUCCAGAUUACUUCCAGUUUUGCUUUGUCCCCACCCCACCCCCUGUCCCAGUGCUCAAAGCUGGCAGGAUUUCUUGUUGUUUUAGUACAAGACUAUGCAACAUUCCCAAUGAGUUAGAAAUUGGAACUUUCUUUUCUCUUUGCUACACAACUGUCUAGAAUUGUGCAACUCAUAUGUCACAUGUUGGAUGCAAUUUUGAUUUUAAGUUGAUGCAGAGACAGGGAGGGUUUGGCUAGCCUCCUUUUUCGUCUAUUUUUCACACACACAAAAAAUCCAACCUAAAAUACUGUACUGUUAAUACUUUUUUUAUAUAUAUUGUGUCUUGAACUUUAUCUAAAUGUGGCGAUUCUCUUUUAAGGAAAAUGAACUAAAAAGUGUGGCUAUUAAACAAAAAGUUACUGUUUUAAUCUAGUUGUUUCCAGUGGAACCAUUUAUGAAAAAAAGUUCUCUAAGAUGUACAUUUUUUCAUUGUAACAUAGAAAUGUAAAUAAUUGAUUACAAGUGCUGCAUUUUGAUGAAUUUUUUCUAGCCAUUUUUAAAAGAGAAAAAAAAAUUAGGAAUUGAGUAUUUUGUGUACAGUAUGAUCCCUUUCCCACACCUUUCUAUUUAAUUUUAUGUUUCCAUUUAGGAUUGGGAUUUGCAACUGCCCUGUUUUGGAUCAUGCCAUUCUUUGGUUUCCUUCCCUUCUUCCUUCUCUCUUACCCAUGUCCUGUGUCAUGGAGAAUAAAGCUAAUGAUUGUACCAGUCUUAAAUUAUUCAUGAUUCAAUAAAUUUGAUGCUUAUUUAUUCAGA